GAACGCGUUGACAGAAGUGGGGGCUCAUACUUGAUCCAAGUUAGGAGCUGUGAGCUCAGCUGCUGCUUAGCUAGCCUCAGGCCCAUCAUGUAGCUCAGCGCCGCCGAGCCCAUUAACCCCCACUGUUUUUUUUUUUUUUUUUUUUUGCAAAACGGUUUACAGAAAUUCCCCGUUGCCGUAGAGAACUGCAGCUCGUGCAUUGAGUCUCGCGCUCGCGGGAUUGACGCGAGCCGACUUCAGGCCGAAAGCGCACGAGUGCAUGAGGAUCACGGCUUAUAUUACUGCACCUUUUAUUGCAAAGAGAAAAAAAGGGGAGCGAGUGAGCAAGCGAGAGUGAGAGAGAGAGAGAGUCCUCCAGACCGCCGAAGAAGAAGAAGCACGAGAGAGGGGGGGAGAGAGAGAGCGCGCGAGAGAGGGAGAGAGAGAGAGAGAGAGAGAGAUGGAGGGAGGGAGCGAGAACGAACGCAAAGUCUUUUGUGCUUCCCCUCCCCCCCACCGGAGCAAAGGGGAAAUGUCCGUGUCCAAAGGAGGAGCUAAGAAGAAGCCGCCUGUGCCCAGGCUCCCUAAGGAGGCGUUUGAGCAGCAACCUACACCUCCUGCACCCCCGAGAGACCUGGACUCAAAAGCCUGCGUUACCAUAGGAGAGAAGAAUUUUGAGGUGAAGGCAGAUGAUCUGGAGCCGAUCGGAGAGCUGGGCAGGGGGGCGUAUGGAGUGGUGGACAAGAUGAAGCACGUGCCCAGUGGCAUAAUCAUGGCUGUAAAGAGAAUCCGGGCGACGGUGAACAGCCAGGAGCAGAAGCGUCUGCUGAUGGAUCUGGAUAUUUCGAUGAGGACGGUGGACUGCUUUUUCACAGUCACUUUCUAUGGAGCGCUGUUCAGAGAGGGCGACGUGUGGAUCUGUAUGGAGCUAAUGGACACUUCACUGGAUAAGUUUUACAAGCAGGUCCAGGAGAAGGGUAUGACCAUCCCGGAGGACAUCCUGGGCAAGACGGCCGUUUCGAUUGUGAAAGCUCUGGAACACCUGCACAGCAAACUGUCCGUGAUCCACCGAGACGUGAAACCCUCCAACGUGCUGAUAAACAUGCAGGGUCAGGUGAAGAUGUGCGAUUUUGGGAUCAGCGGCUACCUGGUGGACUCGGUGGCCAAAACUAUGGACGCUGGCUGCAAACCCUACAUGGCGCCGGAACGGAUAAACCCGGAGACCAAUCAGAAGGGCUACAACGUCAAGUCUGAUAUCUGGAGUUUAGGAAUCACCAUGAUCGAGCUGGCCAUCCUGCGUUUCCCGUACGACUCGUGGGGAACGCCGUUCCAGCAGCUGAAGCAGGUGGUGGAGGAACCGUCCCCUCAGCUCCCUGCUGACCGCUUCUCCCCCGAGUUUGUGGAUUUCACGACACAGUGCUUAAAGAAGAAUUCCAAAGAACGGCCAAACUACACAGAACUCAUGCAACACCCCUUUUUCACCCUCCACGACUCCAAAGAGACAGACGUGGCCAGCUUCGUGAAGAACAUCCUGGGCGACUGAGCGCCUCUUCUUGGAGACGGCGAGGCAAAGCGGGACUAAUUCCACAGAAAAAAAGAAAUAAAAAUUAAAAAAAACAAAAACAACCACCCAAUUGCAAGACUGACACCUGUAAGCCACGCCCACCUCAGGCAGGAGUGCAGGGGGGGCUCAUAGAGAGGGAGAGAGAAUGAGAAUGAGAGAGAGAGAAUGGAGAUAGAGGGAGGGGCGGAGACUGAUUCUAAGGGGGCGGGGCAUUUCCUAGGAACACACAGAUGAUAGGCAGGGGACAGGGUUCUGCACGUGUGUGUGUGUGCGUGUGUGUGUGCACAUUAAUUAAAGGAGGGUGUUAGAGUCCCGAUCUGAUUUAUUUUUCUCCCGUAUGAAAACAUUUGCCAUGCCAGUUUAUUUUACAGCAUUAUUACGUCUACACACACGAAAAAAAAGCAGCAUAUAUUUAUACGUCAUAUAAAUGUGUGGGAUUCAAAAAUCACUGAGAAGCUUUUAAUUGCUUCUCGCUUCAGAAAGCCUUCAAGAGCCGACCUCGUGUCAGUUUUUAAAUGCGCCGUGAAUAUGCAAGGUCAUGUAGUUUAUCCCACAAAACUGAUCCCGAGUCAGCGUUGGAUUAUUUUACAACACACCUUUUUCAGCAAGUCAUAUUUCUGUUAUUUCCUAUUAAAAUAUCUUCCUAAAAAUUCUAAUCUGGUCACCCUAGCCUACAUUUUUGCUCUCUCCCACCUCCUAACACACCUGUACGAGGCCAUCGACGGAUAGAAUCGGGGAUGUGGGACAGAGCAAAAACAAAAAUGUGGCACAUCUUUUGGGGGAAAAGCUUCGCUUAAAUGAUCUGGCUCACUGAGAAAUUCAGCAGUACCCUUCAUGAAGUGUGUGUGUGUGUGUGUGUGUUAAGGUUAUCUGGGGAAUUGGUAUCUUUUUGGUCUGUUGCUUCAUCUAGUCCUCUGUUCUGAGCCAAUCAAGAGAGUUCUCGCUCUGUGUUCAACUGCAAUUCAACUGGAAAUUAUUACUAUUAUUGUCAUGACGAUUAUCAUUAUUAUUAUUAUUAUUAUUAUUAUUACAAUAUCCCCACCUUAUGAGAACAUGCGUAUUAACCCGUCUUGAGGUGUUUUGCAGUUUCUGUAUUUAUUGUAACUGCUGUUUUUUUUCUCAUUGAAAACUUGACAUUUUUUCUUUUUAAUUUUAAGGUGUGUGUGCGCGCGAAUGUGAGCUUUUGUGAGCAUGUGGGAAAGUGUGUGUAUGUGUGUGUGUGUCUGUGUGAAUAUUGUAUUACAGUUUGGACACACGUAGCUGACACUUCUCUGAAAGUCUCACCGUGACUCAGAAGCCUGAUUUGUGCCUCUUUAUAGAAAAAAAAAGAUCUACAAUACAUUAAACAGAAAAAUGACAAAA